GCGUCAGUCAAAUAAAUAUUUAGGCGCCAUUGAGGGUCCAAAUGCUAAUGUGUUUAAGGGCUCUCUUCAUCGUCGUACAUAUUUUUUCUCACUCUAACUGCUACAUACAGCGGGGUUUGGAAGAUCCAUAUGCUGAAACACCUAAAUGUGAACCUAUACGUAUAAAGGCUUGUCAGGAUCUACCAUAUAACAUCACUAUAUUUCCAAAUGAUAUGGGGCAUGCUACUCAAGACGAUGCCGCCCAGGAAAUCGGUCAAUAUACACCAUUAGUUCGAACUACUUGCAGUUCCUCCUUAAAGUUGUUUUUAUGCUCCUUAUUUUUCCCUGUCUGCACUGGGAUGAAAAAACCAUUACCACCUUGUCGAUCUUUGUGUGAACAAAACCGUAAGGACUGUGAACCACUUAUGCGGGGUUUUCAUUUUGAGUGGCCAAAAAUAAUGAAUUGUGAUCGUUUCCCAGAAGAUUCGUUGUGUAUAGCUGAAAAUAAGACAGAAAAACGGCUUUCUAAGGAACCUUCCUUCGUGUGCCCUGUUCAUAUGAAAGUUCCUCCAAGUUUCGAAUUCCGCGUAAGAAUGGGCAGGAAUCAAAUAAUUCAGGACUGUGGAAUUCCUUGCGGUGAUUUCCUCUUCGGAGAUUCUUCUUCCAGGAAGUUUUCUCGCUUAUGGAUCGGUCUCUGGAGUUUCUUGUGUGCAGCAUCGACGUCAUUUACAGUUCUCACCUUCCUCAUUGAUAUGCCUCGUUUUCAGUACCCCGAGAGACCGAUAAUAUUCUUGUCAGCUUGUUACCUAAUGGUGGCUCUCACAUACGUUGCAGGCUUUAUUUUAAAUGACAGUGUCGCUUGCUCUGGGCCUUUUCCAGCACCACAAUCUCUUAGUGGUCAAAUUGAAAUGCCACGACUCGUUACUCAGGGCACAAAAUUUGAAGGAUGCAUCAUUUUAUUCAUGUUGCUUUACUUCUUUUCGAUGGCUAGUUCUAUUUGGUGGGUGGUUUUGACAAUCACUUGGUAUUUAGCUGCUAAAUGUCAUUGGGCACAUGAAGCUAUAUCACGUAAUGCACAGUAUUUACACUUUGCUGCAUGGGCUAUUCCAGCUGCUAAAACAAUUGGGAUAUUAGCUUUGGGAAAAGUUGACGGUGAUCCACUAUCUGGUGUAUGCUUCACCGGAUUAACAGAUCCAGUUAUACUGAGAGCAUUUUUAAUUGCCCCAUUAUGUUUGUAUCUUCUGAUUGGAACGUGUUUCCUGUUUGCUGGUUUUGUAUCAUUAUUUAGAAUCCGUACAAUCAUCAAAACUGGAGGUUCAAAAACAGAUGACCUAGAGAAAUUAAUUAUGCGAAUUGGUGUAUUUAGUUUACUGUACAUUGUUCCAGCAUUAGUAGUUAUCGCUUGUUAUUUACAUGAAUCUAGAAUGUCUGAAAAAUGGAUGCUUACAUGGUAUACAACUGAAGUAUGUCGUAAAGUAGAUCCUAAUCAACUAGCCGAUUCUAUAUGUCCUGGACAUUUCAAGCGACUGGUUGAAGCCGGUAGUUCAACAUCCCGAUCAGAUAAUUCUGAUAUUUCUGUUAGUCAAAACAUAUUUGCAAAAAUACCUGCAUUAGAAAAACCCGAAUUUGAAUUAUUUAUGAUUAAAUAUCUUAUGACAUUGGUUGUCGGUAUAACAAGUGGUGUCUGGAUAUGGAGUGGUAAAACGCUUGUAUCAUGGAAGCGUUUCUUCGCACGAGUUUUUCGUCGUCGUAGUUGUUGUGAUAACAAAAAUAUCGAUCUAACUGUUUCAAGUACGCGUUCCGGUCUUGUCGUCGCUAGACGAGGCGUUCAGUCGAACGCUCUACCACCUGGUGUAGCAUCAAAUCCUGGUUCUGUUCCGCUGUUAACACGUACAAUACAAUCAUCUCACCCAGUACAACCGUAUAUUUUCAGUCAAGAUACAACAACAACUACUAGUGGAUGGGCAUCAAGAGGUGCACCGUCUGGAGUAACUGCACCACCAGAUAUUUCGUCAACUCCCGUGAGUUAUGCUGCCCAACCUAACUGGUUAGCUGCUAGUCCAAAUUCAGUUCAGAUUAAUGCUGGCCUACAAACUGGUAUGAUAAAUACAAAUGCACAAAGUGUCUUACCCGCUAAUUCUGGUCUAGGCUUACUGUAGUUUUGAUGUCCUGUGGUUAAUAUUCAUUAUCGGUGUACCUCUUUUCCAAGAAAAAAUAUAUCUUCCAUCACCAGUUCUAUUGAUAUUUACCAUUAUUAUUAUCAUUAUUAUUAUUAUCUCGCCUGUAAAUUUACUUGAUAUCAUAUGACUCACUAAAUUACCCUUACGAAUAUUACACUCGUAAAGAAUUGUAAUCAUUUGUCUCAUUUAAUUCUUCCACCUAUACCUCGCUUUACAACAUGUGGAGUUAGUCAUCAAUCAUGAUGUUUAGUUUCUUUAUAACAAGUAGUAGCCUUGUAUGGCUUAUCAUCCCUCUCUGUGCUUUUCCAUAUGGUAACUAGUAUGAUAAAGUAGACUAAUCAUCUGAUUUCAUUUGUUUUCUGUGUAUUGUUACUAAUGUAAAUUGUAGGAUGUGCAUUUACAUGUUCUGUUUUUCUU